AUGGCGGCGUCCAUGAUCAAAGUUGUUCAUCAGGUGAAUUUUUGUCGCUUUCUUCGCCCUGCAGUGAGACUUGGCCAAUUAUAUUCUACGGAAUCCUCACCAUCGGUGGUUGGAAAGCAGGACAAAGCAUUGGAGGUGGUGGAAGAUGAAGCAAAGGUAGAGAAAUGUAUCAAAAGGGAGUAUACGUUCUGUUUGUGAACAUCGAUUCAAUGUUGUUAUUGUAGCCUUCUUGUAAAAUUCAUCUAAAUUUUCAGCCAGCAGGAUAUUGUUUAGAUCAUAAGAUCACAUAGUACGUAAAAUCAAGAUAAUUCUUAAGAUACUGAAAAAAAAAAAUUGCAUGCGUCUUUCUUAUUUCCUCCUAUGCACAUUUCCAGCUGUUAAUCCAUCAGCAGGCUGUGAAUAACGAUCUAUGUAAAAGUAUGUGGUUUGUAUUUGGAUAACAAGUAGAAUAAGUAGAAUAAUCAGCAGAAUAAUACAUGCUCUUGGCUAUUUAUUUGCCACUUUUAUGACAGCACAUCCCAGGCACAUUCUACGGGUCGGAUUACAUAUGACUAUGGUCUCCUAUCCAGAAAAGUGUUAAGGAUUGAGGAAAAACAGUUUGGCGUGCUGUACAAUGUAUUGGUAAAGCACUGGCCAGUACCCCUGGCCUGUAGAAUGAGAAGUACAUUUUGUCUCUGUCACAGGAGCAUUAAUUGUCCUAUCCUAACUAUUUUGAUCAAGUUCCUCUUCCAAAACAUUCCCUGUAAUGUUACUCACUUGAGACAAUGAUUCUGAAGGCUUUUAUUACUGUAUAAUGUAGGAGGUAAUCUACACCACAACUGGUGUUCCAGACUGGAUUGUCAAAGAACGCAAAGCCAGAAUUUUUGUGCCAGCGAGGACAGCUAUGCAGUCUGGUACGUUUAACACAAAGAAAUGGCACUUAGAAUUUGAUACGAUGGAAAGAUGGGAAAAUCCAUUGAUGGGAUGGGCCUCAAAGUAAGUGAUUCUGUUUAGUGGUUUGUGCUCUACAGGAACAUGUUUGUCAUAGUUUAAGUUCUUGCAUGGAGAUACCCUCAAGAAGCAGAAAGCGUGUUUUAGGCCUGGUUUUGCACACUAUUGGUUGCAUUAGUGACACAAGAAGUCAAAAGAUUGGACACAUUUUAAGAUUUGAAAUUAUAAUAAUUAUAAAGUAUAGUAAGAAAGCAAAUAAAAUUGUUUUUAGUUGUGGUAUAUACUAUCUAAGUUAUAUUUCUGCCAUGUAACAUCUAAAUAUCUUAUAUUUUGUACUUAUUAUUUACUUUUUUCUUCCUCUAUUUCAGUGCAGACCCUGUGUCCAACAUCUCACUUACCUUCAGCUCAAAGGAGGCUGCGAUAAACUAUGCAGAGAAACAAGGUAAC